AUGAACAACAGCUCAACAACCUGCAGUGGGAGCCCACUUGGCGUAGCUCUAGAAUGGAUCAAGUACUACCUCGCCAAAGACGAGACAUUUGAGUUUGGCACCAUCACACGCCGACAGGAUGAUACAUUAUACCGGCAGUCAGUCAACCAGUACAGUUCCGUUAUGGGGACAUCAGACCCAGAUCUCACUGACUUCAAACAACAUGGCGGGAAGCUGCUGACAUGGCAUGGCCUCAAUGACCAGCUUCUUUCUGUGAACAAUACUAUUGAGUACUGGGAGAGAGUCGAGGAGCAAGAUCCUGGUAUUGAUGAUUAUUACCGUUUGUUUGAAGCUCCUGGGACCUUGUAUUGCACGCCUGGAAAUGGUUGGUUUCCUGGAGAUGCGAUGGAUUCGCUUGUGCAAUGGGUGGAGAAAAAAGUUGCGCCGGAACAUCUGAGAGCUACGACGGUGGGUUUGGAGCAGGAGAGGAAAGUUGAUCUGUGUAAGUGGCCUGCGAAGUUGGCUCAUGUGGGAGGGGAUCCGGAUAUGGCGGAGUCUUACUUUUGUAAAUAA